CUCUAAAUUUUCCGUUCUGAAGUAGCUGUACAGAGCACAUACGUAAGAACCCCCUAGAAUUUGCAAGCUAUCUAUAAAACCCCAUCUCUCUCUAGUUUCAAUUUUAGUCUAAUCCUUCUCUAUCUGUUUCUUCGUUAUUUCAUUUCGUUAAUUUCUGAGCAGGCUUUGGAAAUUCCCGACUACCAAAGAAGAAAGCAACUUGAGAAUCUAUUGCAGAAGGUGAAGCUUUUGAGAAGUGAUUAUGUUCGGGGAAGGAUCAAAAACUGGGGAUUUAGAAUCUUGCUUUCAGAAGCUUGUAGUAUUUGGUGCUGGAGAAGCUAAGAUGGGUGGCGGGGUUUUGACUGAAUGGAAGGACCUUCCAAUGGAGCUCUUGUUGCGGAUUGUUUCGCUUGUUGACGAUCGGACUGCGAUCAUUGCUUCUGGUGUGUGUACUGGCUGGAGAGAUGCUAUUUGCUUAGGCCUCACUCAACUCUGCCUUUCAUGGUGCAACAACAAUAUGAAUAACCUUGUUUUGUCACUUGCACCCAAGUUCACGAAACUGCAAACUCUAACUUUACGCCAAAAUAAACCACAGCUUGAGGAUGGUGUGAUUGAGACCAUUGCGAGCUUCUGCCAUGAUCUACAAGACUUGGAUCUCAGUAAAAGCUUCAAGCUCACUGAUCGCUCCUUGUAUGCCUUAGCCCAUGGGUGUCCUAACCUUACAAAACUCAAUGUCAGUGGUUGUACAGCCUUCAGUGAUGCUGGCCUUGCAUAUCUUACUAGCUUCUGCAGAAACUUAAUAUCCUUAAAUCUUUGUGGAUGCAUAAAAGCUGCAUCUGACAGAGCUCUGCAGGCCAUUGCUUGUAAUUGCCAUCAGUUGCAAUCUUUGAAUCUGGGUUGGUGUGAGGGUGUCACUGAUGUAGGAGUGAUUUGUCUGGCUUAUGGAUGCCCGGAUCUGAGGGCCCUGGACUUGUGUGGCUGUGUCCUCAUAACAGAUGAAAGUGUGAUAGCAUUGGCAGAUGGGUGCCGCCAUCUGAGAUCCCUUGGCCUGUACUACUGCCAGAACAUUACGGACAGAGCCAUGUAUUCUCUGGCCAAUAGUCGGGUGAAGAGCAAGCAUGACCUGUGGGACUCUGUGAAAAGGGGGUACAGCAAGGAUGAAGGGCUCAUGAACCUCAAUAUCAGCCAGUGCACAGCUCUCACUCCUUCAGCAGUUCAGGCUGUGUGUGACUCAUUCCCUGCACUUCACACAUGUCCUGGAAUGCAUUCCCUUAUAAAGAGCGGUUGUCUCAGCCUAACAUCUGUGCAUUGUGCCUGUUCUUUUCAAGCACAUCGCGCAGUGAGCUUGCCUCAUGCUGCACAUUGAACCAAGCAGUAUGAAGAAUGUCAUGAACUUUCUCCUGGACCCCAAAAAUCCAAAUCCAUGUACAAAUGGUCAGUGACGAGCUUUGAUGGUAGUUUUUUUUUUUUUUUGGUAAAAAGCUUUGAUGGUAGUUAUGGCCGGUAAUAGUGGACUUUUCCUUGAAAACUAGUAUUGGACUCUGGAUUUAUUAUAUUUAUUACUUGUGCAUCAAUAGACUUUGAACAUCAGACUUUGCUUCA